AUGCCAAAGUCCGCGUCAACCAAACGUUUCCGCGCUCGUGAGCGCAUCCAGCCCUCCCGAGCAUGCGCGCCGCGGCCCCGGGUUUUCCCCUUCUUCACAAGUCUGCCCGCAGAACUUCGCCUUCGCAUAUACUCCUUGAUCCUUCACAUCAGUCGCGCCAUCGAUGUCACUGGAAUCUGGCACCGAAAGCCCAAACUUGACCUCGCUCUUCUGUUUGUGAGCAAGCAGAUCUACGCGGAGGCCGCCCAUUACUUUUACAGCGUCAACACCUUUUGUCUGCUCGAGCACUGCGACGCGCACAUGGGAAAUAAUUAUGACUUUACUCGGAACCCCGGAUACAACUGGCUCCUCUCUAUCGGCAUGAAUGCCCUCUCCAUCCGCAACCUGCACAUCUACAUGCGCACCGAGUGGCCCAUGACCUACUACACGACCGCGCUGCUCCCCGCGCUGGCCAGGCGGGCGCCCAACGUGGCCCGCCUGGCCCUGAUCGCCGAGUCCCACCGGGUGCUCGAGAUGCCCUUCGGCCAGUGGGGCCCGCCCGUGUGGAAGAUGCACCCCAACUACGUCGAGACGCUGAGCCCGCUCGACAUGUACCGCCUGUACUGCGCCCUGGAGGACGAGGCGGUGAUGGCGGCGCUGGCCGGCCACGAGGGGGAGAAGGAGGGAGAGGGAAAGAUGGCGCAGGAGGAGCAGGAGGAGCAGGAGCAGCAGCAGCAGGCCUUGGAGGAGGGAUCCGCUGCCGAGGCUAGCAUGGACACGAACAACGACAAGAACCAGAACGAGGGGGAGGAGAAGAACAAGGAGGUGGAGAAGAAGCAGCAGGCGGCGGGGAAGGACAAGAAAGCGGACGAGGAGGAUGGCAGAGAGGGAGGGGGAGAAGAAGCCAAGGGGAAGCCGCUGUUCCCCAGUCUGAGGCUGCUGCAGUUGGCGGGCCCGCAGGAGAGCGCGGCGCUGGACUGCCUCUGUGUGGAGCUGCGCUGCCGCGUGCAGGCCAUCAGGGGGCUGGUCGACGGCCGUGAGCUGUCGGGAAUCAUGCGGCUGUGGAACGGCGUGGAGAGGUGGAUGAGAUGGUACGACGCCGUGCCCGGGCUCCUCCCGGACGGUACCGUGGGCGUGAGGCGGGCAACCAGGAAGAGAAGGGGUCAGGAGCAGGACGAUGACGAAUAUUGA